AAGAAGCCUAUCCAUUCAGAUAUGCCACUUCGUAAAUUUGGCUUUCUUUCUCCUCUUCGUAUGUUUGGCCAAGAAACGCCAAUUUUUGUUCCCGGAAAGUUCUGUAGCUCACUUCGCUUUCAAAUCCAUAGUCCCCUUCCUCACCUCAACCCUGCUUCAUCCUUGGACUUCGAAUCUGGAAACCAAAGCUGCAAAUCGAUAUGACACUUAUAUUUCUCCGGCUUACCGCCUAUUCCAAUUUUCCCUCGUCGAUUGGAGGCGGAUGACCUUCAUUUUUUGCAUUCCAAGUGUUUGAGCGUGUGUCUCAAUGGCCUUGCUUUCGUCAAUAAACUACAAUCACCGACUUCCAAUCCCGAAGUCCAUCACCAAUCCUCAAUCUUUCUCCCAAAAGCAAGAUGCAAGUUUCCCAUUCGCAUCCCUUCAAGGUCAACAAGUGCUUGCUACCCGGAUUUCCGAUAAAACCCGAGGUCACCAAAUCCCUCCAAAUGAUCUUGUCUUAAUCCUCCGCCGCCAGAAAAAUGCGGAUUCUGCUCUCCAGCUCUUUAAUUUGGCCUCAAAGCGGUCUGACUUCAAACCUGAUGCUUCGGUUUAUGAAGAGAUCCUUCAGCAGCUCGGAAAGGCCGGAUCUUUCGAUCAAAUGAAGGCUGUUUUGAAGGAAAUGCAGCUUUCUGGCUGCCAGAUUGAGCCUGGUAUGUUUCGGAUCUUUAUUGAAAGUUUCGCAAAAUUCGAACUGUUUAAUGAGGCUGUAGAUGUUGUUCUGAGAAUGAUGAAAGAGUUUGGGGUUGAACCUGAUACCUGGAGUUUCAAUUUUCUUCUGAAUGUUCUUGUGGAAGAGAACAAGAUCAAGUUGGUUGAAUCUGUGUACUCCUCAAUGACUGGUAGAAGAGUUCAACCUGAUGUCUCUACUUUUAAUAUCUUGAUCAAAGCUUUGUGCAAAACUCAUCAGCUUAGACCAGCUCUUUCGAUGAUAGAGGAGAUGUGUAGCUAUGGAUUGUCGCCUGACGAGAUAACAUUUACAACAAUAAUGCAAGGUUUUAUUGAGGAGGGAAAUAUAGAAAAUGCAUUGUUAAUUAGAGACAGAAUGUUGGAGAUGAAAUGCAUACCUACUAACGUUACAAUAAAUGUGUUGAUUAAUGGGUUUUGCAAGCAGGGAAGGGUUGAAGAAGCUCUCAGUUUUAUACAAGAAGAGGCUGCUAAUGGAUUCAGCCCUGAUAAGAUCACUUUCAAUACUCUGAUUAAUGGUUUGUGUCGAUCUGGACAUAUUAAUCAUGCUCUUGAGAUCUUAGAUGUGAUGCUUCAGGAGGGUUAUGAUCCUGAUAUUGUGACCUACAACACAAUGAUAGCUGGGUUGUGUAAAGCUGGUGAUAUUGAAGAAGCCAUGGAAGUUCUUGAACAAAUGGUUAAAAGAGACUGCUUGCCAAAUAUGAUCACAUACAACACUGUUAUCAGUUCUUUGUGUUCUGAGAGCCGAUUCGAAGAAGCAAUGGAACUUGCUCGUGUUUUGACUCUUAAAGGUCUUCUACCAGAUGUAUACACCUUCAAUUCUCUUAUAAGUGGCUUUUGCAGGACUGGAGAUCAUGAGAUUGCUCUUGAGCUCUUUGAGGAGAUGAAGAAAAAUGCAUGUCGACCGGAUGAAUUUACUUACAACAUACUAAUUGAUCAUUUGUGUUUCAGAGGGGAACUGGGCAAAGCUUUGGGUUUAUUGAAGGAAAUGGAGUUGAAUGGCUGUGCUCGAAGCGUGGUUACUUAUAAUACUCUAAUUGAUGGGUUAUGCAAGAACUCAAGACUUGAAGAAGCUGAGGAGAUAUUUGAUCAGAUGGAAUUGCUAGGGAUCACCAGGAAUUUGGUCACAUAUAACUCCAUCAUAGAUGGUUUGUGCAAGAGCAAGAGAGUAGAUGAAGCUACAGAGCUUAUGGAUCAGAUGAUCAUGGAAGGGUUAAAACCUGACAAGCUCACUUAUAAUUCCUUGCUUACACAUUACUGCAAGGAAGGAAACAUAAAGAAGGCUGCAGAUAUAGUUCAAACAAUGAAAUCUAAUGACUGUGAACCUGAUAUGAUAACAUAUGGGACUCUCAUAAGCGGGUUAUGCAGGGCUGGCAGGAUUCAAAUUGUUUGCAAGCUUCUCAGAAGCUUACAGAUGAAAGGUAUGAUACCAAGUCCAAAAGCUUAUAACCCAGUAAUACAAGCGCUUUUUAAACAGAGGAAGACCAGCGAAGCCAUCAGGCUCUUUCGAGAGAUGGAGCAGACAGCAGGAGCUCCUGAUGCUGUCACAUAUAAGAUCGUUUUCCGUGGUCUCUGUCUUGGAGGUGGGCCAAUUAGAGAAGCUAUUGAUUUUCUAGAAGAGAUGGUGAGGAAAGGUUUCUUGCCAGAAGUGUCUUCUUUCUCUAUGCUAGCGGAAGGUCUUGCAUCCUUAGCCAUGGAGGAUUCUUUAAUGAUGGUAUAUGAUCUGGUCAUGAAGAAGGCUAUGUUUGAAAGCAGUGAAAUGAACACGGUGAGGGGUUUUCUAAAGAUAAGAAGAUUUCAGGAUGCACUAGCUGCCUUUGGCCAGUUGAUGAAGAACAGAAGGCCUGGAAAAUUUUAUAGGUGAAUGUGUAUUGCAUAGCAGUCGAAGACACAUUGAUCUGCUCUCUUGGAACCAGAUGAGAAGUUUGAAAUGAAAAUGACGCUAUAUCUAUUUUUUGUUGCAUCUUAAAUGCCAGAAAAAGCUCAUGGAGUUUGAUUACAUCUUAUGAAGGUAACAUCUUUUGCAUCAUGAGAAACAACCGCUCUUAAUUUUUGCCUUGUAUUUUAAGCAGAUACAGAAUGCAUUCUAGUGGAGUUAUAUGCUUAAUGCAAUAUCAAAAGUUAAACCUGAUCAACUCUAUAGAAAAGGCAUUUGAUUCUACAAA